UUGUCCAGUUGCCGGGCAAAAAUAUUUGUGUGCACCAAAACUUCACUUCCACUGCAAUCCCCCAGGACUUUUUCACUCGAGCUUUAAGGAGACAGAAAGGCCCUAGCCGAACGCUGCCUAAAGCGUGGAGGGUACAAAUUGAAUGCCAUUUGAUUGUGUCAUAGCACAGGCCUAGCAAAUGACGAGAAAGGUUACCAAGCUGGCGCUGGCCAGUCGACUCAUGGUGCUGGUGGUCCAACUGGUGGCCAACUUUGCCGUGCCCGACCACAAGCCGGACGUGUUCCGCAUGCCACAGGCGGAAGUAGCGAAAAGUGGACCAUUUCCUUGGCUGGACGAACUGGUGCUGAAGAGCUUGUCGGGCCUGCGGCACUGGGAUGGAGAGUACUUCCUGCACAUAGCCAGCAAUUUGUACACAUAUGAGAACACGCUGGCCUUCUAUCCGCUGUAUCCGGUCGUUGUGCGUCACGUAGCACAGGCGUGCCUACAUCUGGGCAUACCUUUGUCCCGCGACGCGCUCAUUCUGCUUGUGGCAGUGGCCCUCAAUGUGUGGAUAUUCUGCAAGGCGGCCAACGUACUCUACUCGCUGACCCAAAGGACGUUCAACGACCACAACAAGAGCUGGAAUGCGGCGUUGAUCUUCUGCUUCAAUCCGGCGACGAUCUUCUUCAGUGCCGCCUACUCGGAGACCUUCUUUGCCUUCGCCAGCUUCUCCCUCAUGCUGGAGUGCAUGAGAUCGGACAAGGAGUUUCGAACCCUUCGGCUGGGAGCUGCCCUGACCGGUUGCCUGCUCUGUCGCUCCAAUGGACUCAUCACCCUGGGAUUUCCCUUGUAUUUCGUGGCCCGCCACAUUCUGCUCUCUACAAGCUCGGUCCAGCGCUGCUGGCAGCUCAUCAAAGUGGGCCUGGCAAUGCUGGUGGCUCUUGGAAUCCUGCACACGUACUACUUCUACAUCUACCGACUGUACUGCCUGCCGGAUGUGAAGGAGCAGCAUGCCCAACACAUCUUGGACUACGCCAAGGAGAGAAACUACUUGAUCUCCGGCCAGGCAUCGGCGGGAUCACCCUGGUGCGGCUACACCCUGCCGUUCCCCUACACUUAUGUCCAGUCGCACUACUGGGACGUGGGAUUCCUGCGCUACUACAAGUGGAAGCAGCUGCCCAACUUUCUGCUGGCCCUGCCCAUGCUGCUCUUCAUGCAUUGGCACUGCUACAACUACUUGAGGGGACUCGUUGCCAGCACCUGGUCGAAGCUCAACCAGGCCGAGUACAAAGGAAUCCUCAAGGAGCACAUUGCACUCCCGUUCGUCCUGCACGCCGCUGUGCUGACACUCGUCUGCACGUUGUACGUUCAUAUUCAGGUGUCCACGCGACUCUUGGCCUCGGCCACGCCCGUAUUCUAUUGGUUUGCCGCCGAUCACAUGCCCAGCACAUUCCAGCUCUCGUUCCGCUCCAAGACGGGGGCACUGUUCGUAUGGUGCCUCACCUACAGCCUGCUGGGAACUGUUCUCUUCAGCAACAACUACCCAUGGACGUAGAGUGGAUAAAAGGACCUAAAGAGCACGAGCGCUGCUGGCUGCCAAAGAGACUGUACAUCCGAAAGGAUUAAACUUUUAGCAUGUAAAUAUUUUUCAAAAGGUUGACCGCAAAAUUGAAUAAAAAUAUUUGAACCAACACU